AGUCAAGGUCCCUAUACGGUGAUCAAUCCUAACAAGAUCGUAGCGCCAAAUGGAGACCCGCAAACCUACUUUAGCUGGGCUCGGUACUGGUGGGCAAACGUAAGCACUGAAGGGGACGACACAUUCUGUGUGCCUCAGGGUAAAAAGCUAACGCGAGACGAAAUCUGGACAGAAUGUCCUUUCGUCCAACUUGAUGGUAGAUCGAACCCAGAGAUCAACCUCACGACGGCGUCUAUGAACAUGAAGCUGGUCUCCGAGGCCAUCCAGUUCAAUGCGAUUAUUUUUGCCCUCACCAACGACGUUAAAUACGCCAAGAACGCCGUUGUACUGGUAAGAGCAUUCUUCACGGAUGAAGAAACAGGGGUCCGUCCCAAUGCAGAGUACGCUCAAAUCAUUCGCGGUCGAGGGAAGUCUGGACGAGGUUCAUGGUCCGGCCUCAUCGAAUGGCUCCACAUCGCCAAAGUGGUCAACGGCAUCUUGAUUCUACGUUCCAGCCGUGCUUCACCAUGGACCGAUCUGGACGACUCAAAGAUGAACAAGUGGGCAUCUGCUUUUCUCGAAUGGCUUACUACGAGUGAGAAUGGCCAGAGAGCCCGAAGCGCAAACAACAACCAGGCGUCAUUCCUUUAUGGACAGCUCAUCUCGCUCAACAUCUUGCUUGGCAACAUCGAGGGUGCGAAAAGCGUCAUAGCAGAAUACUUUGACAACGUCUUUCCCCUCUUGAUCGGUGUCAACGGUUCUUUGGCAUCUGAGGCUAAGCGGACCAGGCCGAACCAUUACAUUGCUUUCGCGAUCGAAGCGAUGCUCAACAAUGCAAAGAUGGCUGACGACUUAGGCCUCGAUUACUGGAGUCACAAGACGCAGAACGGAUCGACAAUUCAGGAUGCCAUCAACUUCGCACUUGACUUUGCAGAGCAGAACAAGGAAAGUUCCCCGCCGAUUGACAGCGAUCCUGUAGGGGAACUAGCGCCUCACGUGUUUGCAGCUAUGAGCGUCUACGGCGAUCCUAGCGGCCGCUAUGCCCGCUUUCUC